UCAUGGGUUUAUGCCGGCUAAAAGAUAAAGAAGAAAUUACUAAUUCCGAAUGCAUAUUAUUCGAUUCGACCGUUGUAACGGUAAUUCAUUGACGUAAAAAAUUUUUUUUUUAGAGAAAGCCGCGAAAUGACGCAGCGAUCUCCACGAUAGUAAUAAUUUUGGUGUUUCUUUUUUUCAAAAGCUUACUUGAAUACUAGAACUAAUAAGAUCAAUUAUUUUAUUUAAUACGUGUGUAGGAAAAGUAGUAAAUCCACAUGUAGCUACGAGCGAGUCGGGUUUUUGCUGAAUUGAUCGAGGAACCGAGAGCGACAGAGACGAAGAACUAAUCACGCCGGCAAAAAUAUUUUAUACCAUUCGUUGAUUCGUGCGACGUGUCAUUGGAUCAGGGUUGCUCUUUAGCACGCGAUACGUAACACCGACUGCACACGUUACUAUCAAAAAGUUCUUACAUAAAAAGAAGACGUGUAUCACAGUGGUCCCAGUAUAGAGCGCGGAUUAGUCAGUAGUUAACCUUGCAGCAUAUGUUAAUCAGUAGUUCAUGAAAAAGGGGGUAUCAACAGGAGGAAAUAUGAGUUUGUCGUGACGGCUUUAUGAUAUUGAACAUAAUUAAACGAUCGAAAUAUGAUAUGCUACAUGGGCAGAUAGUGACGUCACUUGAUAAACGCGGCAAAUUCAUGCCGUCCAGGUCACAGUUCAUAGUGGAGUUCAAAACGUCAGUUGUUUAACCAAAAGUUUACUUGACCAAUAUGAGUCAGCUACAAAAUAAUCUGAUAGCUGCUGCUAUUGGAGCAACUAUUGGAGUGAUAGGUGCAGCUAGUAUUUUUAUUUAUCAGAAGAUUUUGGAAAACAAACAACGUCCUAUGAUGAAUGCAAACUAUGAGGAACUCAAUCGUCGACUUACAGAGUUACAAGAAGAAUUAGAUGCGCUAAGACUACAGCAAAAUCAAAGGAAGAAGAAGUUCAGUCGUAAAUGUGUUCCUAAUGACAAUACAUAUACUGCAACGGAUAAUGAUACCGAUGCUUUUUCAACAGCAGGCACAGAUAUUGGAAAUGAUGAAUUCUUUGACUGUUCAGACAGUGAGAAUGGUAUAAGUGACAUAGAAACUUGGUCAACAGAAGCCACCAGCUCUGGAUUAAAUUUCACUAUUUUGGAUGCACAUUUUGAGGAGGAAUCACAGAAGAAUAUUUAUCUUGAGCUACAAAAACUUGUAAACACUUAUCCAAAUAAUGUAGAUAUAGCAUGGAGAUUUGCUAGAUGUUGUUUCAAAUACUCAAGUGAUAUAAUUGAUCAAACUGUAAAAGAAACUAUUCUUCUUGAAGGAAUUAACAUAUGCAAAAAGUUUCUCACAUCAUCAAAUGCAGAUCUGCACAAGUGGUAUGCCAUAUUGAUAGGAGUGCACAGUAAUUUUUUAUCAGUAAAAGAAAGGAUACAAAGUGGUUUUGAGUACAAGGAACAUAUAAUAAAAGCCUUAGAAAUACGCCCAGAUGAUGGUAUGCUACAUCAUCUACUUGGUAGAUGUCUGUAUGAGUUUGCUAAGUUAAGUUGGGUAGAAAGAAAGAUCGUAGCGACGUUGUAUUCUGAGCCUCCAAAUGUUACAUAUGAAGACGCGAUACAUACCUUUGAGGAAGCAGAGAAGCUUAUGGAUGAAGUGAAUCUGGAGAAUAAAAUGUAUAUUAGCAAAUCAUAUAUAGCAUUAAGCAAGUACGAGCAGGCUAUUCAUUGGUUAGAGAAGAUUUGCGACCCCUUGCACGUUCUUGAAGAUGAGGACGAGAAGAAAAUAGUGGAUGAGGCUCAUAAUCUUCUCAACAAAUACUCCGUCUAUAAAAAGGAUAGUUAAAAAAAGAGUGUUAAUAAAUCUGUUACGUUCAUUCCAUAUAUUGUAGCAUAAGUAUGUUAUAAGAAUCAACAUGUCACAUGUAGAUGCAAUUUAUAGAGUACGACAUGGAGGAAGAAAACGUACAAGCAAUUUUAAUUAUUGAACAUACCAGGAAGUAGUAGACGUCCCGUAAAUAGUAUUACAAUUAAAAAGAAAUAAUCUUAUAAAAAAAAUUGACAACAUAAGAUAAAAAUUGUUUCAACAAAGUUGAAAACAAAGUUUCAUUUUCACAAUUAAAUUAAUCUUGAAGAUACUUAAUUUUACUUUGACUGAAUCAGCAAAUUAACACUUUGUAUUAUUUUAAGUUUGAAUGAUCCCGAAAUCCUAAAUAUACAAUGCCUUUUGAUAUAUUGUCCAACUUAUUUUGACAGUGAUAUGAAUAAAACAUUUUGUCUUCAGUUACUAAAGAAAAAGUCAAGAACAAUAUAAAUUAUUGAAAAAUGCAUAUUUAAAAUUAUAUAUGAGAUUAACAACACUUUUUUUUUAAAUAAAAUGUAUUUUUUUAUGAUUUAUAACCGCUAUCGAGAUAAGUUUAAUUGGCAAGAGUUUUAUUGAUUUCUCAUUCUUCAACAUUAAUUUUUGUCUUAAGAAUAAAACUUUGUAGAUCUUUGUUGAAUACAAUAUUUUUUUUAAUUUUUAAUAUAUAUUUUUUUUAUAAUUACUUAUUUUUCAAUUGUACUACCAU